AUGGACAGAUCGAUCAGUCAGGAAAGUGCCGUGUCUGCUUUUUCGACUGCCAUCAUCGCGCGUAGUUGUUAUCUGUUCUUGGAUUCAGGCCCAAAACCCCGCGCACCAGCCACUGACCUCCCUACUGAGAUUCUUUUGAGGAUCUUCCACCUGGUAUACGCGGGGAACAGAUCCCUACAGCUGGAAUCAUUCCACUCCGAGCACUUGUGUGAAGACUGGACACACGAGGAGCCCCUCUCCCCUGCACUGUUUCCUUUUGCUAUCGCUGCAGUUUGUUCUCGUUGGUGUGAUGUUGCAGCGACUGUUCCCGAGUUUUGGACUCGGAUGACAGUUACGGUGGACAAAAAUCCUACCGAUAUUGCUGCCAUCCGAGCAUGCCUGCGGUGGUCACGUUCGCUUCCGCUUGAUAUCACAGUCACGCGCAGCAUCAUUGAUCACAACACUCCUGAUGAGGUCGAGUGUCAGCGCGCCCAGAACGUCAGGGCGUUGCUACGGCCUCACUUGAAUCGCAUCCGUCGUCUGCACAUCUCGGUGUUGCACAGUGCUACACUUCCUUUCUUGUUCACCAACCUGGAUGGACCCGCCAAAUUGUUGCAGAGCCUUAAGCUGGAGAGCGCUAUCGACGAUGGAGAUUCCACACAAAUACACCCUUCCCGUGGACCCCUCGUUACGCCAGUCUUAGAUACACUUGACAUCAGCGGUCGCUGCCUCCAGGAUGGCUUGCUGAAAAGACCAGCCCAAACCGCUUUGAUGUCAAAAAUCACAUCCGUUAACAUUUCACGUUACCGUCCUUCCGGGUCUACGUUUUCACUCAGCCGUUUACAAACUCUCGCGUUCGAGAAGCUGGAUAACAGCCAUGUUCUCAAGGUUGUUUUUGCAGUCCUCAUCGGAGUUCGUCUCUCGUCCACAACAAUCACAGACUGUAAAGUCAACACUCUUGGUCGCAUCGGCUUUACCGACUACCUUACGUUCGAGAACAUGGACGUACCCAAAAAUUUCAUCAACAUGCUCUACCAUUGGAAUGGGAGCAGUCUCACCCUUGACAACUGUGAUGGCGUUGAUGAUAGGCCUUUCAAGAGCACCUCCGAGGAAGAAUGUUAUAUCGCGCCCAGGAUGACGAAGUUGCAAUUGCUGAAUUGUGAUCGCUUCACUGCUCCGGCGUUGAAGAGAUUCAUCCAAGCACGGAUACGUGCUGCGAGUGCUCCGCAAUGGGGUUUCCUGAAUCCGCUGGCGACCGAGUCUGAUGAAGAAGAUAUGCUCAUGAUGAACACGAAGGCGAUAGGCUGGCUGGAUGUCAGAGGUCGUGGGCCUGUGAUCACGAAGGCAGAUGCAGCGUGGUUAUCGGAGCACGUCCAGAUGUUUAGUUGGGACGCUUUGCAGCCAGAUGGGAAGAGACACAGCAAGAUUCUUGUUAUUUUCGACCCAAGCUUCGAGGCUCAAGCCCUCCAUAACAAUAUUUUGAUUCCUGCUGACCCACUCGAGUAUCCCACUCCACCAUUUCUGACGGUGUCGAGCUUAACGCCGAUGGUUCUGUUCCAUGUCGCCCCUCUGACAAGGCAUUAUGAGGGCCGACCUGCAGCAGGAACUUUGUUUAUCACUUGGAUGAUAUUUGAAUUUUGGAUUAUGGUCGGUGGGCAGACGGGAACUACAAGAUGCUCUCCGUGA